CCCCCCUUUUGGCCUGGUUCUCAUCUUGGGGGGGCCCUGGCUGCGCAGCCCCCCCAAACUCCUCUCUUCCUGAAUCACGGCUCUAGCCAACCUGCUUCGCUGCUUCACCUGCGACCGUCUGUGUGGGGGCUGCACGGCGCCCACCCCCCCGCCCCGCCAGGGCGUGGCUCUUCAGCCCGUCAUGCCCAGCUGUGAGCCGGUGCCACCUGCCGCCUGCCUGCCCGCCAAGACCUUCCGCAGCUACCUGCCUCGGUGCCACCGCACCUACAGCUGUGUCCAUUGCCGGGCACACCUGGCCAAGCAUGACGAGCUCAUCUCAAAGUCCUUCCAGGGGAGCCAUGGGCGUGCCUACCUGUUCAAUUCUGUGGUUAACGUGGGCUGUGGGCCAGCAGAACAGCGCCUCUUGCUCACCGGGCUCCACUCUGUGGCUGACAUUUUCUGUGAGAACUGCAAGACCACCUUGGGGUGGAAAUAUGAACAAGCCUUUGAGACCAGCCAGAAGUACAAGGAGGGAAAGUACAUCAUCGAGAUGUCACACAUGGUGAAGGACAAUGGCUGGGAGUGAGGGGGUGGGCUGCAGCCAUGCCCUCAGCAGCAUGCCCUGUCCAUACACGCUGCCACACCACCCAUCCCAGCACGACACCCUUGCGGUCCUGCCCUCUGCACAAGCAUUGCCCUUAGGGAGUGGGGGGCACAGGAUCCUCAACCUAUCCACCCUAGCUGGGAGAGCUUGCAAAACAUGACUAGCACACAAGGAAUUCCUUUCCCCGCCCCCCC